AUGGCUUCCCUCCCAUCCCACGCCUUACGGCGCGCGUCUCUCUCUCCCAUCUCCUCGACAUGCGCCAGCAACCAAGUCCGCCACGCCUCUCUGCAGAAGCGCCCGCACCGCCCGUACACCUUCACGCAACUCAUCACCCUCUCGGACGGGUCGACAUACACGCAGCGCACGACGUCGCCGGCGGCGAUAUACAAGUCUACGAAGGAUACGCGGAACCACCCGUUAUGGCAGCCGAGCAUGGCGAGUCUGCGGAACGUGGAGGAGGAUGAGGCGGGACGCCUGAGGGCCUUCCGAGAGCGCUUCGGGCGCGGAUGGGAUGUUGAGGGUGGUGAGGAGAGCGCGGAGGGGGAGCAGGAGGAUACGAUGAUGGAUUUGAUUAGUGGGUUUAAGGGGGUGCAGGUUACGCCGGAUCAGAUGAAGGGACAUACUGCGAAGGGGAACAAGUACUAA